UUCUGGGAAUCACUGAUUCAUGUUGAUGAUAACAGGCCGAGACUCCCUCUUGUCGCUAUGUAGAGACCCAUCAUCUUAGUUUGUUGUACAACAGAUAUCUCAGGAGCUCCAUUAAGAAACACUUUACUUAAUCCAUGGCAAUAAAAAAAACCAGUUUGGACAUUAAAAAGCCAUUCUCUCUAUGUGACAUUUACCAAAAAGUAGUCAAUCAGUUAUCAUCACAGUGACCUAGAUUCCCACACACAUCCUAAAUGGACUGAUUGACAUCCGCUGUUAAAAGCAUAUGAUGGUUACUAAAGAUAAUACACACUGUUUACACACCUGAGGCAGACCAGAGGCUGAUGUGACAUCACUGAAGACUCUAUAAAAGGGAAUGGUCAGGACAGAUGUUUCCUAACAAUGAACAACAUGAGGUCCCUCCCUCUGCUGGUGAUGCUGCUGUGCAUGUUGUGUGUAGCACAGGUUCAGAUGCAAGACAACACAAACACACUGAGGCUGUGUGGACGUGCAUUUCUGCGGGCGGUGGUGUACACCUGUGGAGGAUCAAGGUGGAGAAGGCUGAUGGGAGAAAAUGACAUUUUAUACACCAGUAGCAGAGAUCCAAAUUUGAAGACAAUGAUUGGGCCAGAGGUUGGUCGCCAUCGUCGAGACGAAAACCAGGCACUCAAAUCUGUGUGCUGUCAACUAGGCUGUCGAAAGAGUGACCUCUACAUACUCUGCUAGAAGGGAACAUCCCAGAGGGGUCGUCGUUACUUGUUGUCCAUUAGUUUAAAACUAUUUUUACAGAUAAUUAUCUUUAAAAUGUGUUUAAUAUUUCAUGUUAGCAAAAACAAAAUGAUGAAUGAAUGUUGCUCACAGAUUCCUGUUUUACCAAUUUGUUCACAUGGCAAAAUAUGCAACAGAGAUAAAGAUUUCUUCAAGCACGGA